AUGCCACGCCGAGCUGGCGAAAAAGCUACCGGCUCCAAGUCGUCGGCUGCCAGCGCAAACCCGAAGCAAGGGCGAGCGUCCAAGACGGCAGGCGGUCGUGCUGCUGUCAAGAAGAAGCGACGACGCAAGAGCUCAUGGGACUACGAGGACGAGGACGACGAUGGCGACGUGGCGUUCGAAGUCCAGGACUCGGGGAGCGAGUCGGAGGAGAAGAGCGCACAGGUCCGGAAGAAGCGGUCUCGAGCUCCGGCGACUCAAGGGAAUAAGAAGACAAAGGCAUCUGUAUCCGAGCGGAGGAAGAAGGAGUCGCAAGUUGACAAGGCGGAAGAACAGGAAGACGAAGAGCGGGAGGACGAGACGGAGCAGGAGCGCGUUCGAUUGGAGGAAAAGAAGCGCAGCAAGAAGCAGCAGUACGAACAAGACAGUGGUUCGAUGCUGAAGGAAGUGCGUGACUUGGCAUUGCAGGAGAAGAAGACGCAGGAGAAGCUCAUUGAGAAGCUGAAGAAAGACAUCACGACACUGUCCAAGCAGGCGGAAGAGGAGCGGAAGAAGCAUAAGAAAGAGGUGGACAAACUCGUGGCUGACAAGAUGCGCGAGUACAACGCGAAUCAAAGGAGCAAAGACGACGAAGACGUGGAGAAGACAGCGUUGCGGGAGCAUAUCCGAGAGCUCGAGUCUCAGUUUGCAUCAUUCAAGCGGAGCACAGGGCCAAAUGACGUGGUGACUGUGAACGCUGCUGCUAUAUCAGCUGCCUCGGCUGUGCAGAACAGCGAAGCCAGCAUGCAACUUGACCAGGCAAACAAGCUCUUGAAAAUGUACCGCCUGGCGACCAGUAUGGACAUUCGCUUGAUUCAGUCGACUGACGACGACGAACAAGACGGCGAUGACUGCACUGAAAUCGUGUGCACAACUACUGACUCAGCGACUGGGAACCAGUUUGAGUUUGAGCUGGCCAUUCCCGCGGCCGCCUCGAGCGAAAUCGAGUAUCUCCCAAGCGAGAAGCCGCCGACGGGCAUUAAAGUGCCGUCAUAUUUACGAGAUGAGCUGAGCUUCAGCAGAUCCGAGAUGACCAAGUUCACGCGAUCGGUUCUCGACAUCGUCAGUAGAAAGAAAAAGAGCUAG